GCCGCCAGUGAUGGGUGCGUGCCGCUCCGGUGCCGGUGUGGGCCGCCGCCAGUCGCCCGGCCACCGCACCAUGGCAGCCGCCGCACGCUAGACGCGCCGUCACCGGCCAUGGAGGCCGACCGCGACCCGUCGGCCAGCACGUCCGAAGGAAGGAAGAGACCCUACAAGGUCUGGGACCAUCGACGCUACGCCAAAAAGGCCCUGGUGGCCGGCUCGCUGACCGAACUCAUAGCCAGAGGCCGCGAGAAGCUGCGCUAUGAGGCCGUCGGCAGCGUGUCGGCUGUGCUGGAGACGGACGGCACGGCCGUGGACGACGCCGAGUACUUUGCCACACUGCCCGACAACACCGUCUUCCUGCUGCUGCGCGAGCAAGACCGAUGGGUGCCGCCCGGCGUCGACGUCCUCAGAGCAGCGCUGACCUGCAUUCCACGCAUCGUCUGCCAGACAAUGCAGGCGCUCGACCUGCGGGACGAGGCGCCCUCCUGGAAGAUCGCCGACAACCGCGGGCAGGUGACGGUGCAGCUGCACUGGGACUCGAGCCGCGGCGUGCCCGGCACCGAGCGGCGCCCCCACCUGGUGGUGCGCGGCAUCGGCGAGAUGCCCAGUGAGCCGCCGGACGCGCCGCCGCCGGUGCCGCCGCACGGCGCGCCGCCGCCCUACCCGGCCCGGCUCAGCCGCCAGGGCAGCUCGGUCGAGUCGGCCACCGCGCCGCACGUGCACACGGCCGAGUGCGGCGCGCCGGCGCACCACCACCACCAUCACCACCACGCCGCGCGCGGCUCGCCCGCCGAGAAGACGUGCGACUUCCACUGCUGCGCGCUGCAUCGGGCCGGCGUCGGUGGCGGGCCCGCCUCGGCGGCCGCCAUCACCAAGUCGGCGGCCACCUCGCCGAUCCAGGAGGUGGCCGGCGCGCGGCGACAGCCCGGCCACGUCCGCUUUGACGGCACGCUCCGGGAGGCGCCCGCGGCGGCGCCGGCGCCUCCCGAGGCCAAGGGUGGGCCGUCGACCUCGGCAGCGGCGGGCGGCGCGGUGGGCGGCAGCGACAGUUCCGAGUCAGAAGAGGGAGAGGACAACACCGCCAACGAGGAGGGCACCAGCACCAAGCUGCUGCUGCUGGUCGACCAGCUGUCCGUGGAGCGGACACGCUACCUCAGCAUCAAGGACAUCGGCGUCAUCCUGGAGCGGCUCAGCUCCAAGAUUCUGGACGUGGAGCGGAUGGAGCGGCAGCUGGACGGAGACGACUGCCGCACCUGGACUCUGAAGGCCACCAUCCGCGGCGACGUGCUGCGCGAGAUCGGCGUGGUGUACCACGGCCACUACCACAGCAUCAGCGAGCACCCGCGCUACGCGCGCCGCUCUCAGCCGCCGCCGCCGCCGCCGGCACCGCCGGCCGCCGAGCCGCCGGCCUCUCAAUGAGAGCACGGGCCGCCGGCCGACCCCGAGCAGAGCACCUACGUCCCGGCCGAGACGGUGGGCAGGUGGCGCGACCAGCUGCUGCAGGCGCGCCAGCAGCAGGAGCGGCUGCUGGCCGCCGCGCAGCCCAGCACGGUCGGCGUGCUGCUGGACCCGGCGCCAGUGCCGGCGCCGGCGGCGCGGCGGCCGGCGCGCAAUACCUGCUGCGCCUGCUGCCUGGCCGAGGACUCGUCGCUCUGAUCGGGGGCGGCCGGCGGCCGACAGUCGGGCCCCGCGGCGGCCGCCGAGCCGACCGGCCGCCGCAGCUGCUCCUUCACAAGCGCACAGUGCCAACCGAGCCGCCACCCGGGCGCGGCGGACUCUCAGCUGCAGCUGGUGGUGUAGUUUUUGACGUUGAACAUUUUGGGGUGCGCCGUUUGCGCGGCGUCCGGAGCGCGUGUGACCGGCGACCGGACAGACGUUUGUUGUGGCCGCUGCUGUGUGUGGUGGGCGGCUCGCCGUCGCGCGGGUCGCCACGGCUCAAUAACCGGCGUGGUUUUCGCGGGCUCGUACGUCGCCGGCACCGGUCGCGCAUCGGGGACAAGGCUGCACCGACUUCACCGCAGAUCAAAAUGGCUCAACAAUAACGAAAAUCGAUAAAUUGGCAACGUGGAUGACCAAAAGCUUAUCCCCAAAAAGAAAAUAGGAAAAAUAUAAACAAUUGAGGCCGGUGACUUAUUGCCUUACUAUUUUAGAAAAUGGUCACGAACUCACAACCGGUGACGCGAAAUAGUAUCACAGUUGGACAAAAAUUGAGUUUGAACGUGAUGUGCUGCAUAAUUUUAUGCAUUGAGGUGCAUAUUUGAUGAUUCGUAGAUGAGCUAUUGAACGCUAAUUGAACGAUGUUUCAAUUGGCAUUUGUGAUUGUUGAUACAUAACUCUUGUACUGGUUCCUUCGCCAGUAUUCUUUCAUCUUUUCCAUAUACAAAUCCGUUGCACUAGCAGUUCCUAAAAAGUUCCUUUCAAACACUAUGUCUUCGGGCAGCAAGACCAGAUUUUUCCAAACCAUGAUUUUGCACGUUUCACUUCCCAACCAUAGCCCCUAUGCGCCCUCAAGACCCGCCCUUAUUCAACGCCUCUCCAACUCCGUAACUAGCAGUCUGAGCCCCUCCGGCCGUCUUCUCUGGCACCGCUCCUUCGGACGCCCUUCCGUCGGCGAAGGGGCCAAUUUGACGAGCGGCUGGCUCCGUGCGGCCGCUGCGGUCGACAAAUCGGAUCUAUUUAUCGGUGAGCACGGCACGUGGCUGGGCGCCGGUGAGGGCCACGACCCGCUGUUGGUGCUGCCGGGGCGGGCCGCCGCCGCCGCCGCCGCCGCCGGCCCGGAGCCGCGGCGCCGGCGGUCGUGGACUGACAGCGCCGGCGGCGGUCCUCGCAACGGGGCCGCCGCCGGCGCGCUGCCGCCCCGCGGCUGAGGCUAGCGUACAGACGGGUCACUACAGAGCUUUAACGCUGCGUCGUUGUUCGGUGUUGCUGCGUUCCGUGACGCGCCGACCCGAGCGGCGCGGGCCCGGCCAGCGUCCACAACUGCCACGCGUGUUGCUGUAGAGAGCGUUGUGAGAGACCGUCUUACCUUUUUACUUGAGUGAGAAGACAUUUGACGCUCAGCACAAACACUGCAUUAGUGUCCCUUGGUACCGUCGUUGUAUGUUUGUUCAUUUGUGGAGCGGUGGAUUUGUGGAGGAACCUCAUGCUUAGUGUAUUAUCGCGGCAGCCCAUCAAUCGAUAUAUGAACUAUGUGUCUCCAGGGACGGAGCCAGGGACGCGCCGUGACAGACCACUCGCAAAUUGCACUGUGACGAAAAACUAUUCCAUAAAUCGCCGCCAAACCUGUUCAUUUCGGUGUGACUCCAGCGACUGCCGCAGCAGUCUGAGUAGUCAGGGCGCCCCUGCCCUUUAGGUCCCACCGUCUCCGGUCGGCCGCUGUUCCGGUCCGACCGUCCCCACUCAAUGUGUCUGGCCGGCUGUCCGCGCCGCUGCCCUGGCUGCGUCCCUGUCCCGGGGCGUCGGACGGGGGCCCGACUCCCCGGCCCCGCUCAAUGCUUGGUCGGCCGACUGCAGCGCGCCGCCGGCCGGCGCUGGUCGCCGAGCGCGCGCGCCAAGGCACGUGACGCGGCCGCCACGUCUGACACGCGUCUCCUCCGGACCGGCGCCGCCGGACCACGUACAAGCAGCGCUGUCGGCGUUUUGGAGACGGCGCGCGCGUUUUUCUACAGCCGCGUCGGCAGCGGCAGCAAGUGGGCCGUGUCGCCACUGCAGGCCGCCCUACCGCCCGCCUGCGGUCGCGCGCGACAAAAUCUGUGACAAUCACUGCCGCAUUUUACCGAUAUGCCGAGGCCGCUGGGAGGAACUGAGCCGUGCGCGUGUUGUGACGAGGUGGUGCGCUUGUGACGGCGUUUGGACGCGGCUGGCAACUGCAACAGGCCAGGCCGGGCGGGAAAAACGGCGCAAAUGCCAGACUGAACGACGCUGAUUCACAUAAACAGAUAAUGUAGCGAGAAGGAAGAACCACAUAAAAUGUCGACACCAAAUACUUACAUUCAUACUUUUCAGGUAGUCUGUUGAAUAAAAUAUAAAAAUCACAACCCACAUGAACCCACACGCAUACAUACAUCCACUCAUAUAAACACAAGCAAAUAACUACACAUACACACAUACAUGAACCACGAAGUGACAGAAGCAAGCGCCAGGACAGUUGUCAUUUGUUCCAGACGAAACGUGUGUGCCAUACGUGGUUGUUUACAGUUGUCUCGCUCGUUUGCCGCGUGGUUUUCAUCCCCGUGACCAGCCAAUGCGUAUGAUUGUCCAUACGCGGCGGGGCCGGUCGCGCGGCACUGGGCCGGCGGGUGUCUGGUGGCGCGCGGGCGGGGUCGCCGUUGACCUAUGUUUGGAGGUGGGACGCUGUGCACGUCGGGCCUCGGUGGGAGCCGGUAUACAGAGUACUGACUGACACUGCCCUGGGGAGCGGGUGGCCGGCGCCCACCGCCCGUUACCGUCACUGACUCAUGUUGCUGGUUAUAAUACACGUGCGAA